UAUCCUUGGCGGGAGACAGAGAUGGGUCACUGUGGUGUUUUGCGCUCCUGGCAUUGCAGUGUUUAACCCGUUGUGACGCAAAUACUGGGCAGGUCUGUCGUUUCGUUUAAGUACUUGUUUUCCCUAUAUAUCCGUUAUCCGUUACUUUUCUUCUUCUGGGUUAUUUUUAGACGGACACGUGUUCGUCUGUUCGCUGUUAGUCAGCAGUGGUCAUGCUUGAACUCCCUUUUCUUUAAGCUAGUGCUGUUAGUAGUGUGUAAACAGUAAGAAACGUUUGUAUUGUUUGCCCUCCCACUCUUGGAUUCCAGUGGAAAAGAGCGUCUUGUGUUAUUCAUGUUGGAGACCUGUUUUCGUGAAGGAGGAGUAAAUGUGGACGGGACGUUUCUUGAGGGUAGCAGCAAGUCUCCUAAAAGGAGCUGGCUGUGGCCCCAGUGGUCCCAAAAUCUGGCAGCCUCCUACCAAGAGAUAUUUCUCCUGCCUUCUGGUGCAUCGACGCUCAGUGCUGCAGUAUCCAGCAGGAAUACCUGCUUGGUGUCACUUUUAUGGAGGACUGAAGCCUACAGUGUUGUUUCCUUUGUGCAGAACGUUGAAAAAAGACGCAAAGGCUUCAAUAGACGUCCCUGCUCAUCCACUCACAGUGACUGACAUCAAGCAGUAUCUGCGGUCUAAAGGUGUUCCCUUCCACGAUGGCUAUAGCUGCCUACAUGCUCCCAGUAUUUUUGGGAAGCCAAAAUCAGAUGUUCCUGAAGGUGGCGUGAAAGAAAGCUAUUCUAUGUUCAUUGACAAAACCACCGGACAGUUCCUCUGUAAAGAGACUCUGGUAGAAGGCAGCUGGGAAGACUUGCAGGACUGCCUGGAGGUGAUGCAGAAAGAGGGACAGACGUGGAUCAGCCCUGACAUUCUCCUGAGCUACUCAGAGACCCUGGAGGACCAGGAUGAGAGGGAGAGGGAACUGAAAGAGGUGCAUAGAAUUUGGAGCAGCUCUGUUUCUUUAUUGGAUCUCCUUGAAGAGGAGGCGCAGCUUAUCAAAACCAUGUUCCAGAUGAAUAAGCUCACCAACACCACCCUGAAGAAGUUUGGGGUGAGAUUCUUUAAACCCACCAAAAGCCUGGUGUUCCCUUGGUUUAGUGGGAGAGACUCAAGCCUCCAUGGCAUAAAACUGCUGUCUGCUGCUAGCAAGGAAGAUGGCCAGGUGGUCUAUACAGAAGCUACUGUUCCAAAGUCAUCCAACUACCACAAUCUCUUUGGACUUCCUUUAGUGGGGCGAAAGGAUACAGAGGUAGUGCUCACAGGAAGUGAAAUUGACAGCAUGGCAGUCAGUCAAGCCACUGGUCUGCCCACUUUGGCCUUGCCCAGAGGAGUCAGCUGCUUGCCCCCAGUCCUCCUUCCAUAUCUAGAGCAGUUCAAGAAGGUCACACUUUGGCUUGGAGGGGAUAUGCGCUCUUGGGAGGCUUCAAAAAUCUUUUCAAGGAAACUGGGACUGAAGCGUUGUUCUCUUGUGCGGCCUGGAGAAUUCCAGCCAUGCCCUAGUGAGGCACUAGUCCAUGGUAGAAAUCUUGCACGUAUUGUUAAGGCCUCCAUCCCUGCUGCCCACAAGUCCAUAGUUUCCUUUAAGCAGCUCAGGGAGGAUGUGUACGGGGAACUGGCCAACAUAGAGCAUGUGGCUGGAAUAAAAUGGGCCCGGUUUCCUGAACUUAAUCGACUCCUAAAAGGUCAUCGGAAUGGAGAGCUAACUGUUUUCACAGGUCCUACUGGCAGUGGAAAAACCACCUUCAUUAGCGAGUAUGCCCUUGAUCUGUGUAUGCAGGGUGUUAACACACUAUGGGGGAGCUUUGAGAUCAAGAAUGUGCGUUUGGCCAAAAUCAUGCUGACCCAGUUUGCUAUGCAGAGACUGGAAGAGAACCUGGAGCAGUAUGACUCCUGGGCUGAUAAGUUUGAAGAGCUUCCACUCUACUUUAUGACCUUCCAUGGUCAGCAGAAUGUUAAGACAGUGUUGGACACUAUGCAGCAUGCUGUUUACCUCUAUGACAUCAGUCAUGUGAUCAUAGACAACCUGCAGUUCAUGAUGGGUCAGGAGAACCUGUCUGUAGACAAGUUUGCUGUACAAGAUCACAUAAUUGGAGCUUUCAGGAAGUUUGCAACAAACAAUAGUUGUCAUGUGACCCUGAUCAUCCACCCUAGGAAGGAGGAAGAUGACAAAGAACUACAGACAGCAUCAAUCUUUGGCACAGCUAAGGCUAGUCAGGAGGCUGAUAAUGUGCUCAUCCUUCAGGAAAAGAAGUUAGUGACUUGUCCUGGCCGCAGAUCCCUGCAAGUGGCCAAGAAUCGCUUUGAUGGGGAUGUGGGCAUCUUUCCACUGGAGUUCAACAAGACUACACUUACUUUCUCUUCUCCAGUGAAGGGCAAGCAAAAACUGCGUAAGGUCAAAGUAGAAAAGACUGAGAAUCCAGAGCAAACAGAGGAGGCUGAAACCAAAGUGAAGGCAGAGAAACACCUGAAGCCUGCCAAAGCUCCUAAAUCUCCAAGAAGUGUAAAGGGGACAUCAGUUGGAAAGAGUGAAGAGAAUGGAGAGGGCAAGAAACAGCAGUAACAAGGUUAAACUGUGAACGCAAAUGUUGAAGAGAUUAUUUAUUGUGAAACUGUCAAUGAAAGUGUUGGUUAACAAA